AUGGAGAGGUUUGGGUUUAGAAUCAUCCCUGCGUCCAGCAAAUCACAUGAUUUUGAUUCAAAUACUGAAGAACCUCUCGACUUGGCCAACAGAACCUCCUUCUUCCACGACAACGUGGUCGUAAUGGAGAUCAAUAAUCUUCUUGCUGGAUGGCCCACUUACACAAUCAACUUCACACCUGAGCAUCCAGGACCAUUGAAGCUCAUUUUAUGCUUGAAGGACGCGUCAAAUUUUUGCUCAACUGAAGAUGACGAUAGUGCAGAUGAGGCAGAGGGAACGGGGAAAGUCAACACACCACCAGUCAUCAAGGAAGACCCAGAUGUUACCAUGGUCUGUGAGGCCACCUUGAAGGAUGCACCUCAGUUUAAGGAUGCUCCUUUGAUUGUCGUCUUACGGGAGAAGUUUGAGCGGGAGAAUGGUUAUAUGUGGCCCACUCGUCGUGGCUUCAGGAAUAUGACUGCCGAAGUACCACUCAAACACGUUGACGCAUUCAUGACACUACCUGCUGCUGUAGAAGCAUUAAAGUUAGAAUGA